CUCCGUAUCAUGGGCUCAGCCGUGCAGGCAGAUGCCAGUGGGGGCGGAUAAGCUGAGGUUACUCAAAGCGGGGGAGCACGAUGGUUGCCUUGUACCGUGCCAUGUCUGCCUUGUUUUUGCAUGCAGCAAACAUUCGGGCUUGCAGACACGAGAACAGCUAUCCAACCAUCAUGAAGAUGGAGAAGAGGGCAGCCUAUUGCAAGCCAUCAUGGCGCAGCACUUGCAUCUCUGGCUGCGAGGGAACUUGUUGAGAGAAGUCAUAGGCUGAGAAGUCGGGUGUAACACGGGAUCGAAGCUGGAAUGGCGUGCCGCAUGUCGGAG